UGAAGGAUGGUGCCAAUGACUUAAUAUAAUCCACACAUCAGCAUUUAAUACAACUUUCUCCAGUAAAAAAAAAAUCAACACAAAACACAAUGGCUCUUGGCAAGCAUGUAAUGCUGCUGCUAUGCCAUCUUCUUCUUCUUCUUCUACUCAAAGCUCAUUCCAGAUGCCCCAAAUCCUACCCCUGUGGAAACUUUACUCUUCAAUUUCCCUUCACCGUUAGUAAUGAUCCCGACUGCGGAUUGUAUCUAGUUGAUGGCUGUGAUUCUGCAGAGGGAACUCCAACAUUACGCACACGAGCUCCAUAUCAAAUUCUACGAAAGACCGCGCCAUAUUAGACUCGAACUUCAAUAGCCUUAGGCAUUAACCACUGUACUGUUUGGCCAGUACACACAGCAGCUGCUGCUGCUUACACAAUGAUUUGGUAGUACUAAUGGUAUCAUCUACUUGCAUUCUAUUAAAAACUAUAUGUAGAUUACGACACUCUCUCUUGAUUAGACCACUUCAAAAACACCUUUAGCUAAUCAAUAAACCAAUGAUGAAUUUGGGACAAGUUUAACCUUAAGUCUUCCCAUUCCUAGUCAACUGUUCCGUGUAUCUCAGUAGUAUCAACGACUUGAUGAACUGGAAAAGUAAACACAAGUCAAUUACUAGACGGAAACCACAAAUUCAUGCCCUCUUUACUCUCACCCCUCUUCUUCUAUAAUCUUCUUCUUCUACCAAAUUUAGUAGCUUCCAAAUGCCCAGAAUCCUUCCAGGGUGGAGAUCGUUUCCCCCUCAAAUUUCCAUUUACCGACGUCGAAAAUCCUGAUUGCGGCUUGAUCACGGUUGACGGCUGCAACGGUUCAAGAAACCCAGUAAUCAUGUCUGAAGGUCUCUUGGGGUAUGAAAUUCUGGGCAGUGUUUCAGCAAAUCAAAUCAAAGUUUUCGACCCUCAUCGUCACCACUUAUAUCAAUCUCAGCUUAAGUGCAUCUCUUUCACAAAUCUAUCUCUCCCAAAAUCCCCUUCUAUUUCGGUUUCAAUCCCCUCAAAUCUUACCUUGUUCACUUGCUCUAACCAUCGAAAUUCUCAAGAUUAUUUCAAGAAUUACCUCAGCUUCCCACGACCAACGCUGCGGGCCUCUCACCGCGUAUUAUUUGGACCCGACGACAGAUGAUGAUUCUGCAGCAAACGAGAGAAGUAUUCCUGCGAAUUGCGGGGUGAUUCAAUUGCCUAUAGAUUCUAGUAAAGGCGAUGCCCACCAAUUGUUUGAUAUAUUGACUGCUGAGUUUUUUAUAGAGUGGAAUGUUUCCGAAGCUUGUUUUAACUGUUUCCAUCAAGGAUGGCCGUGCCUUCAUAACAGCAUGAAUCAAUUCAUCCGUAAAAAAGAGGGAACUCCAACAUUACUCACACGAACUGCAACGUAUCCAUCACAAAUUCUACGAAAGACAUCCACAAAUGCAUUCCUAAUUCACGACAGAGAGAUUCAAGAAUCACUGGACUCAUCCAUGUGUUAUACUUUCAUUUAUCUGGAUCUCCCCGAGUCUCCUUUCGUUUCAUUUACAUUCUCCCCUAACAUCACCUUCUUCACAUGCUACAAUCAAACUGCCCUACCGCAAAUCCAAGAUUAUUUCCAAAGUUAUCGCAGGUCACGCUGUGAAAUCCCUACUAUCUACUACAAACCUCCCCCAGCUCAUCAGGAUCAUGCUCUGCCUACUCCUCCAGAUUGUGUACUCAGUCGACUACCUUACAAGUCCGGCAACAUCUCAGCUGAUCCAUUACAUCUCCUAACUGCUGAUUUCACUCUAGAGUGGAGUGUUCAUCAAGAUUGUUACGAAUGCCACCAUGGAGGAGGACAGUGUUAUAGUGACAACCAGCGCCAGUUCUACUGCCGCAAAAAAGUUGGAAGAAGAAGGCAGAAGAAGGAAGCUCGGCUUUGAGCUGGAACUAGCCGAGAAGGG